AUGAAAACUCAUGGAAGACAGAUUGUCUCAGCCGAGCGCGUCCAUGCAUUAAUCUUGCACGACUGUCCUAAGAUUUCUUUUUCGUUUUCUUUCUUCCAGAGCGUAAAUCUCCAUCUUCUGUUCGUUUUUCUUCUCUCUUUCAUUUCUUCUUUUCUUCUUCCUUUGUUUCUACUUUCUUUUUUUCUUCUACUAUCUUUUUUACUGUCUUCUUUUACUGUCUCCCUUUCUUCGCUUCUUUCUUUACCCGUCUUUUCUCCAUACUGUUUUUACUUUCUUUCUAUUCUUAUUAUACACUUUUAUAGCUUUCUUUCUUUCUUUUUAAAAACUGUCUUGUCACGUUUGUUUCUUCCUUUAUGCCUUCCUGUCAUCUUUCAUUUUAAUAAUUUUCUCGUUAUUUCAUUCAAUUGGUCUUUCUUUUUUUCUGUAUUUUUCCCUUUCCGUUUCUUUCUCUCUUUUUCUUUGUUUCUUUCUCUCUUUUUUUGUUUCUUUCUCUCUUUUUUUUGUUUCUUUCUCUCUCUUUUUUUGUUUCUUUCUCUCUUUUUCUUUGUUUCUUUCUCUCUUUUUUGUUUCUUUCUCUCUUUUUUUGUUUCUUUCCCUCUCUUUUUUUUUGUUUCUUUCUCUCUUUUUCUUUGUUUCUUUCUCUCUUUUUUGUUUCUUUCUCUCUUUUUUUGUUUCUUUCUCUCUCUUUUUUUGUUUCUUUCUCUCUUUUUCUUUGUUUCUUUCUCUCUUUCUCCUAUUUCAUUCAUUCAUUUUUAA